AUCUGAAUACACUUGAAAUAAGACAAAACUAACUGAAAAAUAACUUUUCAGCAAGAUUUAAGAGCUUGUUUUAAGUAAAUAAUUCCUUAAUAUUGAUACAAAUGUUCUAGUCCCACUGGUAGAAUAUUCCAGUGCGCCGUUACCUAGCAACCCCAGCUAAUCCCAGCCUGUUACCUAGCAACCUGGUUAUAGUUCCACUGGCAGAUUAUUUCAUUUAUAACAUGGGAAAAUGUCUUGUUAUAACUGAAAUAAUCUAUCAAUGGAACUAGAACUUUUUCAUUGACACUGAGGAAUUAUUGACUAAAACAGGUUAUUUUGAGUUGCUUUGUCUUAAUUCAAAUGUGCUAAAAUAUUAAUUCUUGGUAAAAUUGGGUGUUUUUACAGUUCAACGUCCAUUUUUUUCAUAAAAACUGGUUGAACAGAUAAUGCUGUGUUUCCGAUUGGACACUCAGGGCCUAUUUGUUGUGUUUUUAACAGACUUUAAGGCUCACAUGGCUCUGCAGGAGCUGGGCAUCAGCCUGUCCAUGAUGGGCGUCGCCGGCACCAUGUUGAUCUGCGGCCUGCCCAUGUGGAAGGUCACAGCGUUCAUCGGCACCCACCUGGUGGUGAUGCAGGUGUUCUGGGAGGGCUUGUGGAUGGCCUGCGUCAGCGAGUACACGGGCCAGAUGCAGUGCAAGCUCUACGACGCCCUGCUGGACCUGUCGCCGGACCUCCAGGCGGCCCGCGGCCUCGUUUGCAUCAGCCUGGUGCUGGGCUGUCUGGGGUUCCUCGUCUUCAUCCUGGGAGCUCGCUGCACCAACUGCCUGGGCCACCCGCGGAUCAAAGCGCGGGUGGUGAUCGGCUCCGGCACCAUCUUCUGCCUGUCCGCGCUCACCACCGUGGUCGCUGUCGCCUGGACCGCCAACACCAUCAUCACGGAUUUCCACAACCCCAGAGUUCCCGAGGUGCUGAAGAGAGAGCUGGGCGCGGCUAUCUACAUUGGGUUUGUGUCGUCUGGGCUGCUGUUCUGUGGAGGGGCCGUUCUCUGCGUGACCUGCCCACCAGAACCAGACAGAUUCCCGUCCAGCGGCUACAUGCUGGCCAAGACUCCCACUCGGAGCAGCUACGCCAUCAAGAACUACGUAUGAAAAGAGAAACAAAACCACAACGUCUUGACCUCUACGAACUUCUUCAACCCUUUUUAUGGUGCU